GAUAAUAAAUCGUCGGAAUAGGGGUGUAAUCUCGCCUCCUUCCACUGCCCUUUGACACACACCCCUCCCCACUGGCAUGAGUUGUAUUUUCAGAUCACAUUCCGAAGCCGUCACCGUACUGUGGUAUAGUUAUCGACAGGUCCCCCUGUUUUCUCCUUGCGCUGUUCUCAGGCGAAGUCCCCCACCAGGCAGGAAAGCGCACGAAGAAGAAAAAAACCGACCUGACGUGUUUUGCGCAUUUCCUCCAUUAACAUUACAGAAAAGGAGGCAGGGUGCCGGAAACCAACAGCAGUAGCAACAUCAAGCGCAAGCAAGCAAGCAGCUUGGGAGCUGCAGGGACACAGACCAAUGGUUGUGGUUCUUCAUGUUAUAUAUAAAUAUAUUUUUAAUCCAGCCGGAUAUAGAAGAGUAUAAUGCACCUCAAAAGAGCUGGACCCUGGAUUUAUUCCAUCGCUAAAACGAGUAAGACGUGGAUUUUAGAACCAGCAAUCCUGUGAAGAGAUCUUGCUUAUUUUUCUAUUGUUUUCUGUUAUACAGACUGUGAAAGAAAAAAGACUUAGUGUUUUUGUUUUGUUUUGUUUUGUUUGUAUUGCAUUUUAUUUUAUUUGCGGCAUUGUAGCAUUUGUGUGUCUGUAUGUGAGACAAGCCUGUGUGUCCCGUUAAUUCUGUGUUCCACACGAUCAGAUGUGCUUUAUUUAUGAUACUGACAGAGGAAAACUAAGACUGAAUUACGUCACAAUUAUCAUCGACCGGGAGCGUUUGUGAACAGUGUUUUGCAUUUUAUUUGUGCGUGUGUGUGAUAUGGAGUGAUACGGGACUGCUGUUUUCUGCUAUAAACACUGCAAGAAUCAUCACAUAUUCACAGGGUGUCGCAAGAGCAAAACAGAAAUAUAACAAUAGUAUUCAAAGUACGAGAAGCUAUUUUUUUAAAUUGACAUUUCAGGAUACAUUUAAUAUUGCAUAAGUAAAAUACAACAAAACUGAAGUGGAUGAAAAAAACAACAGAAAAGCCAGCCAUACAACUGUAUUUUCCCAUAAUAAUAAUAAUAAUAAUAACAAUAAUAAUAAUAUAAAUCAGCCAUCAUCAUGGUGGUUUUUAAUGGUUUAUUAAAGAUCAAGAUAUGUGAGGCUCUGGCCCUUAAGCCCACUGCUUGGUCACUGAGGCACGCUGUGGGACAGAGGACCCAGACGUUUCUUUUGGACACUUAUAUCGCCCUGAAUGUGGACGAGUCGCGGGUCGGGCAGACAUCGACCAAACAGAAGACCAACAGCCCCGCCUGGAACGAUGAGUUUGUCACCGAGGUCCGGGCUGGGAGAAAGAUCGAACUGUCGGUGUUUCACGAUGCUCCUAUCGGAUACGACGACUUCGUGGCCAACUGCAUCAUCCAGUUUGAGGACCUGCUGCAGAACGGGAGCCGGCACUUCGAGGACUGGAUAGACCUGGAGCCCGAAGGAAGAGUCUAUGUUAUUAUUGACCUCUCCGGAUCCUCCAGUGAAGGUCUCCCCUCCGCUGGUAGUCUGGGAUAUCUGACUGCCGCCGCCUCCAAGGAGAAUGAGGAGCGGGUGUUCCGGGAGCGCAUGCGGCCCCGGAAACGGCAGGGGGCAGUGCGGCGUCGUGUGCACCAGGUCAACGGCCACAAGUUCAUGGCCACCUACCUGCGGCAGCCCACCUACUGCUCACACUGCCGAGACUUCAUCUGGGGAGUAAUAGGAAAGCAAGGUUAUCAGUGUCAAGUUUGUACCUGCGUAGUGCACAAAAGAUGUCACGAGCUUAUUAUAACAAAGUGUGCUGGUCUAAAGAAACAAGAAGCAACACCGGAUGAGGUGGGCUCUCAACGGUUCAGUGUUAACAUGCCUCACAAGUUCAGCAAUCACAACUACAAAGUCCCCACGUUCUGUGACCACUGCGGCUCCCUGCUGUGGGGGCUGAUGAGGCAAGGCUUGCAAUGUAAAGUGUGCAAGAUGAAUGUACACAGACGCUGCGAAUCCAACGUGGCUCCCAACUGCGGGGUGGAUGCGAGAGGAAUCGCCAAAGUGUUAGCAGACCUGGGAGUCACUCCCGAUAAGAUCACCAACAGCGGCCAGAGGAGGAAAAAGUUGAAUCCCGCAGUGGACCCCCAGCAGGCUGUCCCAGGCUCCUCCCAGUCCGAGGAGGACCGCUCCAAAUCGGCCCCCGUGUCCCCCUGCGAUCAGGAAAUUAAAGAACUUGAAAACAACAUUAGGAAAGCGCUUUCGUUCGAUAACCGAGGUGAAGAGAACAAGACAGCAGCCUCGGGGUCAACAGACAGCCAGGGGAGGGGGGGGGAGAGCCGGGAGAACGGGGAGCUCAGGACCCUGCAGACCAAGCGCAUGAACCUGGAGGACUUCAUCUUCAUCAAAGUGUUAGGCAAAGGCAGCUUCGGAAAGGUCAUGCUGGCAGAGUUGAAAGGAACAGACGAAGUGUACGCCGUGAAGGUCCUUAAAAAAGACGUCAUCCUUCAGGACGAUGAUGUGGACUGCACGAUGACGGAGAAGAGGAUCCUGGCACUCGCACGGAGACACCCUUACCUGACCCAGCUCUUCUGCUGCUUCCAGACCAAGGACCGGCUUUUCUUCGUCAUGGAGUACGUGAACGGAGGAGACCUCAUGUUUCAGAUCCAGCGCUCACGCAAGUUCGACGAAGCCCGCUCUCGCUUCUAUGCAGCCGAGGUCACAUCAGCGCUUAUGUUUCUCCACCAACAUGGCGUCAUCUACAGAGAUUUAAAACUGGACAACAUUCUUCUGGACGCUGAAGGACACUGCAAGCUGGCCGACUUCGGCAUGUGCAAGGAGGGGAUUCUGAAUGGAGUGACGACUACGACGUUCUGCGGGACACCCGACUACAUCGCCCCAGAGAUCCUGCAGGAGCUGGAGUACGGCCCCUCGGUGGACUGGUGGGCUCUGGGGGUGCUGAUGUACGAGAUGAUGGCGGGGCAGCCCCCCUUCGAGGCAGACAACGAGGACGACCUGUUUGAGUCCAUCCUGCAUGAUGACGUGCUCUACCCCGUGUGGCUGAGCAAGGAGGCUGUGAGCAUCCUCAAAGCGUUCAUGACUAAGAGCCCCAAUAAGCGCCUGGGCUGCGUGGUGUCGCAGGGCGGGGAAGAAUCCAUCAAGCAGCAUCCGUUUUUCAAGGAAAUCGACUGGGUCAUGCUGGAACAAAGGAAAACCAAGCCUCCUUUCAAACCUCGAAUCAAAACCAAAAGGGAUGUAAACAACUUCGACCAGGACUUCACGCGCGAGGAGCCCGUGUUGACGCUGGUGGAGGAUGCCAUCAUCAAGCAGAUCAACCAGGACGAGUUCAAAGGAUUCUCGUACUUUGGGGAGGAGCCCAUGUCCUAAGACACAGAACCAUCGCCAGCGGGCCAUCAGCUCCUCCUGUGAGAGUCCAGCAGUGAAGAGUAAAACAAGAGCAAGCUGAAACGAUCAACUAGUCAAGUAUUAAGCUUCUACCGUGAAACUACACUCCACUCACCAGCUCAAUGGGGUUAUUAGGGGUUCCACUUUUAGGCUUGUGAAGCACUCCAUUGUUACUGUGUUUCAACAGUGGUUGAAGGACUAUCCAUCUCUCUGUUUGUCUCUCUUUCUUUCUCUUUCUCUCGCUCUUUGUUGCAAACUAAGUUUUGCAGACGUAACACACUGCCAUAGAGAAAUAAGAGACUGAAGAAGCAGUCCAAUAGCGUGUAUUGUUUGGCAGAGCUGGUCUGGUUAGCUGUAUACCCAAUAGCGUGUAUUGUUUGGCAGAGCCGGUCUGGUUAGCUGCAUGCAGUAGCUGCCCAUGUUUUCUGUUCUCACGGUUACAGCAGAGUCACUCUGACAAUGAGGUUGCAAUACAGUAGCAGUGCCACUGUCUGGGUCUUCUCUAGCUGGGAGCUGUUGCACCACCAACAGUCAUUUCUUUUUCCUUAGUGAUGCAUGAAUCUUACAUAUAGUGACCAGUCUUCUGUAGUGAAGGUUUGUGUCCAGGCUAGUUUAACUACAGUCUGAGACUGACAGUACCACCAUCUGUUGGUUCUGAAGCUAAGCAAAAACCUUGUAUUUGCACUGUUGCUUGAGUUCCAAUUACGCUUUUUUUAAAAAAGCUUGUAGUCUUUGAAAUUAUUUUGCCUUGAAAUAGAUGUCUUACUUAGUAGACUUCCAUUUAAAUAAAUGGAAGUGAAUGUAUGUAAGGCAUUUUAAUUGAAAAUUGGGUGAAAUAGGUUUGGAGGCAAAGGUGACUUAAAGCCCACAGAAAGUAGUAUUCGUUAUUAUUCUCUCCAGUGAUCUAGGAGUACCCCUCCUGCAGAGCAGCGUGCAACAGGUAGUUGCUAGUAUUCGAAUGUACCUUUGUAGUGUACAGUGUUAAUGGGUCAAAAACAACUAAGAGCAGAAAUACACAAUACUGUACAACAGGACAUUAUUUUGUUGUACAGCAUUGCACUGAAUCCUUUAUUUUGAUUGUGUUUUCCUUUGCGGUGUGUUACUCUGGCACAUCUGUAAACUCAUUUGAUUGGUCCUACUGGCCUUUUUAAUUUCAAUUGAUUUUUUACAUGAUACUUUUGCAUUAAGAAUAAUACAGUCAAGACGGACCUUCAUGAUGUAUUGCAUUAACGGAGCAGGAUGAGAACAUCUGUCCAGAAUACACCACCUUAACCAAAUUGAUUGUACAAAUAAAGAAAAACAAAUUGGAACUCUGUGUAGCAACAACAACGAAAAUGUGACUAUCAGAAUCUGACUUAUCAUAAAAAGUAGAUGUGAGGAUUGAUGAUCAAAUUUUACAGAACUGACAGUUAUGACGGUGUAGAUAUUUCCCUUUGUUUGGUGGGUUGGGGUAACUUUACAUCUGUCCACAAUAGUUACCUACUGUAGAUAUGCUAACAGUGUUAUUGUAGUUUAUUUCAAAAUAUUGUGUGAUUUUGUGUGUGUGUGUGUGCGUGCGCAUGUGUACAAGUGCUCCUCAAAGUCUUGUAAUGUCGUCGUUUGUUUAGAUUUUUUUUUUUUUUUUUUACUGGACUGUCUUAAGUGUGGCGCUCCAGAAGUCUGUUUUACCCAACCUAAAUAUGGAUUUCCUGCUGCACAACCAGAAGUUUGAGUGGCAAACGUAGAGCUAGAAGGAGCCUUUUGCCUUCUCUGCAGGUGAUACUUUGUAUAUAAUGUUUGCUGCAAGGCCUGUGGAGUUCCUUUGAACAUAAAGGUAUCAAUCGCUGCAUGUUCAGGCAUAGUAUAUUAUAUAUCUAUGAAAAAAAAAAGAUAUUAUGUCCAUGUGCAAUACUAUGUAUGUGUAUUUUGUAUUUGUAUUUUAUGUCAGAAUAUGUUGGGUCAUGAACAUUGUAUACUAUAUAUAUAUUAACCUCUCCUGGACCUCUUGUGUGUGUGUGUGUGUGUGUGUGUGUGUAUGUGUGUAUAUAUAUAUAUAUAGUUUUUCAGACUGUAGUGACGAUGUGAUGAUAGCUUUGAUAAAGAGAUUAAAGAACUAGUGGCAACUGCAAACAAACGUGCAUUUAGCAUCUUGAACACAACUAGAUUUCAAUGCCAUUCCUCUUGUGUCUGUCUAUGUGUGUGUGUGUGUGUGUCUGUGUGUGCAUGUGUGUGUGUGUGUGUGUGUGUGUGUGCAUGUGUAUGUCUGUGUGUGUGUGCAUGUGUAUAUGUGUGUGCGUGUGCGUGUGCGUGUGUGUGUAUGUCUGUGUGUUUGUAUGUAUGUGUGUGCGUGUAUGCCUCUGUGUGUGUGUUUGUUUGUUUGCUUGUUUCCAGUCUGUUUAGGACAGCUGAUGCACAAGGGCUGCUCCUAUCAUAUUGUGUUCUAUUCAUUUUGAUAUUACUAUUCAGUACCCAUCUCCCAUCCCAUGAGCACUAGAGUGUUAGUAUAUCGAUAUAAGCAAUCAAUAAUGAUUGGAUACAAGUUGCUCUUUUUUUUUUUUUUUUUUUUUUUUUUUUUACUUAAACCCUUUCAGUCCUGAGCGGGACCUAAGCAAUGUGUGUUAACACAUGCCGACAGAAGUCACGCAUCAACCUCACUGGACUCUUAGGUCCCAGUCUGAGGUAGCAUAUAAAUAUAUGUAAAAAAUAACGUUUUUAUCCUGUUCUCAUGAAUACUAAAUAAAGUAGCUCAGCUCAACAAAAAUAAUUUCAGACUGAAAGUGUUAGAAAAAUCGAAAAAUAAACUCUUUAACCACGUCCAGAAUUCCCAGUCCGUUCUGGAUUUUGUUUACCAUAUACCUGGUUUUCCAGCAUGAAAAAAAGUUAUCAGAUGAGUGCGGAGCAAUGGGAAGAUUUUACGGUUUUAAUGGUGACGUCAUGCUGAAGUCACGUAUGAGUUUGUGACAAAAGCAUUGUACCGGUAUGUGAGAAAACUGUGCAUCUACCCAGCACCAUGAGAAGAAAAAAAACAACAUGCUCAUCAAAACCCAUUGGGCUCCCUGAUUUUCAGGAUGUUUUGUUGUUCAAUUGUAAUAGUGUUUUUCUUUUCAGACACACACGGUUAACAGUGUCAGAUACCGAGCCCAGUUAACCUGCAAUCUUUUGAUCGACCUGCAGUCGCACCCCCUGAGCUCAGCACUGUUAAGAAACUGUUCAAGCUUUCUUAUCAAGGGCAUUUCAUUGCAGAGCCUCUCACAGUUAGCAGUCAAAACCCUCCCUGAAACACUGAAACAGCAUGUUUUUAUUCCAGGACAAGACUCGGCUAAACCCGACAACAUCUUAAUGCAUUGUGUAACUACUGUGAUUUCCAUCCAUUUCUCAGUCAGUGAAGCUGAAUAGCAAACAGGUGAUGCUUUGAUGACAUAAUCUCUAGGCAGGUAACCCUACAGCCCUUUCUCUCUCCCUCCCUCUGUAAGCUGUGUGCCCACGCACUCAAAACUGCUUCAGUGCAGGUCUGCAUCCACUCUGGUGUUAUAGUGAAACCAUCCCUACAAUUACGUUAGGGUUCUGGCACCACUAUCCUUAUAACAGCUUUUAAAAAGUACAGCACAACAACAACAAAACUAUUGUAGCAACUUGCUAUUAUUUUAUGCUAACGCUGCUUGAAAAAUCCCUUGAAAACUAUCUUUAUCCCAGUUGUUUUUUUGUUACUUGUUACUUUUUAAAAAGCAAAAAGCAUAGUGGCACCAUAAUUACAUUUGAAUCCUAGGGCAAUUCACAGAAACUGUUGUCAUUGCGAGUAAUUCUUGGAUUAUUGUUUUCAUAUGAAUUGACUGCUGCACAGAAGCACUAUGGGAAAGGUAUGAAGCUGCAAUGCACUAAGCAAGACACCAGUCUUUAACAAACCCUCCCCGAUUGUUUCAAUUAAAAGCUUGUAUAGUGCUAUGUAAAUCUCGAUUGUACUUCACUUGAUUGUAUUCUAGCUGUGCAUGAAUUUCAAACAGGCUGUCUCCUGCAUCACCAGCCCUUGACUCGGAUAUUUAAGUGGCCUUUUGAGACAUCAAUGGUUAGUUAAGCUAGGUUACGCUUUGGUAGAAUAGUCUAGACGAAGGCAAGUAGAUCCCAAUAAAGAAGCCUUUCAUACAACACAAUCCCUUCGUUGUUUCACUGUUCCACGGUGACAAACUUUACAAAAUGUUUGAUUUAAAAGGCUUUUAGAAUGUUAGCGCACAUUUUUGCCCUAUGCUUUCUUGGAGGUGUGCUUGAAUAGCGUCAUUAAACAAGGACAUGUACUGCUGCUGUAUUAUUUGAUGAUUGAAUGUACCCCUUAUAGGGUAAAGCAAGUCUACUGGAACAGGCUUGGCAAGAUGCAGUACGAGGCGUUCUUAUUAAUACAAUAAAAACUGAGAGGUGUUUUGCGAAGGUCAGUUUGUUCUUUACUACCAGUUUAGUUUACGUGUCAACCCUUCCUGUGUGUCUGUUUGUGUUUGUUUUGGUUUACAGUUCUUGGGGUUUGUCAGUCUCUCUUUGUACUAGGUUUUUAAUGUAUUUUGUAAUACAUGAACAUACUGUUACACUCCAGCCUUUUCCAAUAUAACAUGUCCGUCCUCCUUAGGAGAUAUAAAUGCAUCAUGCCAAAUUGUAUCUCUGUUGUCUCUUAGCUUCUGGUUUUAUUUUAAAAAAUUGUGAAAGGAUGUAUAUAUAUAUAUAUAUGUAUUAGCGCUGGGAUAAAUAUCUGAAUAUUCAAACGAAUAUUUUUUGACAUGUAUUCGGAUACAAAAAUCAGAUGUUCGUAUUCGCUACAAAUGACAAAAAUACCUUGCACUUAUUUACCGUCUCACCAGAAUUUGUGCAGCAGUUUCAAAAAAUGGCAAAUGAAAAAGAGCUCAGUGUGAUAUGUGAGAUUAUUAUAUAUAAAAAUAUAUAUAUAAAAGAUUUAGACAGCAAAAAGUAAACAAUCCAGAUUAUGUACGCGCACACAUAGUGAUCUCUAUGGAAAGCCAUCUGGGACAAAAAUGCGUUGUGCUGCUUUAGAGCGAGCCAGAAUCUCAUGGGACAGAAAAAAGUCAAGCACCUCAUUCUGAAAUGCCUUGCUUAAACAGUGCCCAACUUCCUGAACAUGUUGUGUAGUGAUUUUUAUAUA